AUGGAUCUAUCUUAUAGUGUUGAAAAAGACAAAGAGUCGCAACAUGUUAUCCAUUAUGAUAAUUCGCAACGUACCUCAUGUCGAACAGCCGAUACCACAACCGCCGAUAAAAUGGAGGAUGAAUGCUCAAGCUGUCAUGCUGUUGAAAUAUCUAUUCUAGCUGGUGCCUAUCAAGAUACUCCUUCUUCAACAUUGAAAACCGACGGCAAUGAUAUGACUAAAAAGAAAUCUGGUUUUAUACAAUCUAUAUUCAAUACAAUUAAUCUAUUGGCUGGUGUAGGUAUCUUGGCUAUACCUCUUGGAUUUAUGUAUGCUGGUUGGGUAAUAAGUCUGAUCCUCUUUGUGUUCAGUACAGUGAUGACCAUUUACACAGCUAAUAUUUUGGGAAGAUGUUUAGAUGCUUAUCCUGAAGCACAAACAAUUGGUGAUCUGGCUCAUAAUGCUUUUGGUCAACGUGGACGUUUUUUCAUCUCUGCGAUCUUUUGGGCCGAACUUAUUACUUGCAGUGUUGGCCUUGUUGUAUUACUUACUGAUGGUUUGAUUUCUUUAUUCCCCAACAUUGAUCCAUUUUUAAUUCGUACGAUCACCUUUCUUAUUCUUACGCCCAUGCUCUUCUUACCUAUUCGACACUUGGCCUAUACAAGUCUCAUUGGAAUUUUAAGCGUGCUCUGUAUUGCUGUUGUAUUGACGAUAGAUGGUGCCACUAAGAUGACUAGUCCGGGAUCUUUGAUUAUACCAGCGGAUACGGCAUCAUGGCCUGAAAAUUGGAUGAUAUUUCCCCGAUGUAUCGGUCUGUUUAUGGCUGCCUUGUCUGGUACCGCUUGUCUUCCUAGUAUCUAUCGUGAUAUGGAAAAUCCAAAGCAAUACACAAGCAUGGUUUAUUGGGGUUAUAUGAUUACAGCAUUGAUUUUUCUGACCAUUGGCGUGGCUGGUUAUCGGAUGUUUGGAUCAGGUACAAUGCAAGAGGUAACUCAAAACGUGAUGAUGAUACCAGAAUAUAAUCAAGGAAUGAAUCAGGUAGCUGUGUGGUUAUUUGCAUUAAGUCCUAUUGUCAAAUAUGGUUUGAUUUUGCAUCCAGUAAAUCUCAGUUGGCAGUUGGCCUUGAUACGACAGCCAUCUAUUGAAGCGUGGUUCUAUCGACAUCCAUGGGGAAAACAAAGUGUGAUUGUGGUUGGCAAGAUGAUGGUAAGCGCAUUAGUGGUUCUUUUGGCUUGUGGUAUUCCAAGAUUUGAUCGUAUCAUGUCUUUUUUUGGCGCAUGUUUCUCCUAUAUCAUCUCUGGUUUGUUCCCUACUCUUUGUUACCUCAAACUGUUUGGGCAUAUACCUCUAUGGGAAAAAAUCAUUCUCUAUGCUUUAUUCUUCCUUUGUUUGAUUAUGAGCAUCGUUGGCACUAUUUGGACUUUUUUGUGA